UUUCAGGCACAGAAGGUUUAGAGAAUUCAGAUGGCGAAAUCAAGGAAGAAAAAUCGAUGCAAAUCACAGAGUAUAGCUUCCAUUUUGAACAGUGGAUCUAACAGAAAUGGCAGAGCUGCCUUAUUCUGUCAAAUAUCCGUUGAUAUGAUCAAAACACUGAAGACGUGGGAUGAAGUGACUACCUCUUGGAUGAGAAUUGCUGAUAGUUUUUGUCAAUUGAAGGAUGACGAAAUAAGAUCCGAAGUGUAUCUUGAAAUAGCUGAAACACUUUUAUUGGCUCCUAUGCAGGUCAAAGUAAAAGAUGAGUUUUCUGUGAGACCGCGAAGUAUGAUACGCAUAUUUGAAGCUUGGGAGAAUAUUUAUGACGCUGUCAUUGAAGCUUGUUCUCAAAAUUCCAUUCGGUGCUGCACAUUCGCUAUCAAAUUAGCAAGUCAAAUAAGCCAAAUGAUUGCAUGUGAGAAGAUGGAUUGCCGACUACUUUUCGUUUUCUCGCGAAUAAUUCGGGCUCAAAUUGAAUACUUUAAUUAUGAUGUCCUUAGCGACGUUUUUGUUGGAGACUUCGAUUUAUCCGGAAAGGGAAACAUUCUUGAUAGUUUCUGCAAGCUGAUAAUCGAAACAGGAAGGCAUUCAAUUGAAACGCUUUUAGAGCAUGCCGAUAAGCAAAUUGGCAUUGCUCUUGAACUGAUGUCUAAAUCCAUUUUCAACAUUUUGGAGGCAGCAACAAGCCUAGUAUCUCUGAUGACUAAACCGACACACAUUUUGUUCGUUGUUGGUGCUUUGUCUGAAUUCAUAAGCACCUGUCUUUUUUUGGUGACGGAAAAAGAUUGUCGGAUGUUUUACAAAAACCAGACAAAAAACGUUGCCGCGCUGGUGAGAAUAGUUCUGACUACUCUGAGAAAACAUUAUUCGGGACCAUAUGACACUUCAUUACUCGACCAGUUAGAGCCAGUUUUCAUUAAAGGAUUGCGUCUAUCACGUUUACAUCAUUGCAUUGUCAAUUUCUGGCAACAAACGUUUGGUCGUGCAAGUCAUCUCGAUAUUUCAGAUGAAUUGAGCACUGCUUUGGAGCAGGCCAAAUGUGCAUCGAGAAAUUUCGUUUCGGAACAGAAAGAUUUUCCAGUGCUGGAUAAUUCAAAGGCAUCCAUAUCUUAUGACACAAAUCUUGACUUCUCUGCAGAUGGGAGUAACGACACAACAAAUAAAAAUAACUUUGAGCAGUCGCCCUCAAAGAGUACAGAACCUUCAGUUUCAAAGUGUAGAAUGCUAAAACAUGUGAAGGAUAACGAUAUGGACGAGUACGCAGUCAUUGAUGUAUCGCAUUCUGAAAAGAAAAUGCAUUUAACUGAUCAUCAGAAAGAAAAGCUAAUGGAAAGGAGUGAUAGCUUGCUAUGUCUUGUUGAAGAUAGUCAAUCAAUCGAUUUAGCAGCACGGAUUCCACCGGGAUAUGCUGAUAAUUCUUCGCAAGAGAACUCAUCAGCAAUGAAAGCUUCUAAAACAGCAUCACUGGUAAAGAAACGCGAUGCUGAAUAUAACUAUGUAGCUAAUUCACGCAUCUGUGUUCAAUCUAGAAAUCAGGAUCUUACUGGAGAUUCUAACGAAAAUGAUAAUUAUGUGGGUGAUACAGGUAGUGGUUGUAACAAUGUUGUAGCAAUAAAAAACUCGAUAGUUCUAGAGGACAAGCAGGAUGAUGAAGCUGUGAAAUUUGAUGAACUGUGCAAAAAUAACCCUUCUGUCCUUCAAAGUCAAACCAGCACCAAAAAAGAGGACAGUGGUGAAUUAGCGAUCGUUUUGUUAGGUGAACAUAUGAGAGAUACUGAGCGAAAAGUUUUGGAAGGACCAACACUUUCGAUGAAAUGUAAAACUCCUGAAAUCGCCGAAUCACAUUUGGAAAGUGUUAGUCCAAAGGCGAAUGAGGACGAACCGAUGAGAACACCAAAUAGCAUCUUGAAAAAAUGUGGAAGAAGAGCAAUUUGUCCGCCGAUCAAAUUCUUUUCAGCCAGUGCAAAAAAAUGCAAACGUGUUCACUUCGAUGCCUCAACUCUAGACGAUGACGAUAUUAAUGGUCUUCCACGUAGAAAAAUUUUUCGACGAUCCAAGAAUUCGUUAUUUUCUGGACUACCGCCCAUUGACCGUUCUGAAUCGACUUCACCUUUAAAGCGACCACCUAUACCACCCACCAACAGAAAUCCUGCUGAUGCAGUUUUUCCGGCGCUGAUUGGAUCAGAGGAAUUGAUUCCACCACAGAUAUAUCUUAAAUUGGCUCCAACAAUGAGUUCUCUUGCUCUACGGUCUCUAAUGAAGUCACGUGGUGUUGCAACUGUUGGUGAUCUGGCUUGUAUGUCAGAGGAGGACAUUGAAACAUUUCCAUUUCGAGAUCCGAAACUCAGUCGUUUUCUGGGAGCGCUUGAGGAUCACUUCAGGAUGAAGAAUAUGGUGAGUAAGGCAGACGCCAUUGAAUUGGAGAAAAUCAUGAAACGUCCAUUAAAUUCGCCGGCUGACUGCUUGGAAGAAGUUAAUCUCCAAUCUACCGAAGAACAUCAAGCAGUUUCUUCUAAGAUAGUGCAAGAAUUGAGCAUUAUUGAUGCUCCUGAAGUGUUAGGUAAAACAACCUCUGAAACUUCCGGAAAUGAAACUUGCAAAUCUUCAGCUAAAUAUAGUUAUGUGAAUCCAUUCCAAAAUGGUUCUAAACGUUUCACACCCUAUUCGGUCAUACGUUUGGAUAAUGGCGAAGCAACCAAUAAAUUGUCAGAACAACCAGAUUCGAAAGGGAAUCGAAUUAUACCUUCCUUCGAAGUCGGGCAAAGGAACCGAGAGCAAGAUAGCAGUCGGUCUCAGUUUGGUUUCAUUCCUCCCUUCAUAAAGGGUCAGGAACUAGUGAAUGUUGAAGACCCUAUAUCAGUGGCUGCAUGCGAAAGAAACAAUGGAAACAGUUGUGUAGGCUCUUCAUCCUUAUCAGAACAUGACAAUGCGGAAGAGAGGCUUGCCAUGAAGUCACCGGAAAAGUUACCGAAUGGAAGUAUUGGAAGUAGUGAAUCAAAUAACAAUAACAAUAUGAAUAAUAUGAAGCCGGAUGGAGACAAAGACGAAUAUUAUGAUGAUGCUGGUUCUCUAAGAAAAGCUUAUCACGUAUUUCUUGAGAAUUCAGUUGUUGCAGCAUUAGCAGGUGUUUGUCCAGUAAGAAAAUUUAGCAGUGAACAGUUGCUCUCUUUUUCUCAAGCAUGUGCUUCUUUCCAAAUGGCAGUUCUUGGUUCGUCAAAGAAGAUUAACAAUGAAUAAUAUUGGAAAACUAUUACCUAUCAAAUUGUGCAUUCACUACUGAAAAACCUCCUCUCCUGUUAGUAUGAAGUAUUUGAAGCAUUACGCGAUACACACUCUUUUGGAUCACUUUUAAAUGACCGGUUUGGUAUGCACAUUUUGCAUUUGAAAAUUUGUCCAAUACCUCUUGCAAUUUAUGCUGCGGUUAGACACGUGAUUUUCGCGGCAUAUUUCCUAUUUAUCCGUCUUAUUUCUA